AUGUCCAAGUCUGGACCGCCCAACAAGCCCGUCAAACGACAUCCGUACCUGUCUGGCAACUUUGCGCCUGUCACCAAAUCAUGGCCACCCACGCCCGUCUCAUGGACGGGCCAUAUUCCGAAAGAGCUACUCGGGGGAAUGUACGUCCGCAAUGGCGGAAAUCCUGUGACCAAUGCCGACCUGGGGCGUGAAGCACAUUGGUUCGACGGCGAUGGUAUGCUCUCGGGUGUCUGGUUCAGUCGUUCGCCAGUGGAUCCAACCAAGCCCAUCGUCAACUUUGUCAACCAGUUCAUCCUCACGGACGUUUACCUCACCGCCGUUCAGAAUCCAGCACUACGUACGCCGAUACUGCCGAGCAUUGCGACCCUGGUCAACCCCGCAUCCAGCCUUUUGUGGAUUCUCUGGCGGAUAUUCCGCACUGUCCUUGUCGUGAUAUGGACCCAUAUCUCUGGAUCUGCCAGUACCAUUAAGCGAAUCAGUGUUGCAAACACUAGCAUACUGUACCAUGACGGACGUGCUCUGGCAACCUGCGAGAGCGGGCCACCAAUGCGCAUCACGUUACCAGGUCUGGAGACUGUGGGCUGGUUCAAUGGAAACACCGCCGAGGGCGAACCUGCUUUGGAAGAUGAUGGCUACCAAAAUCGCAACGAGAAGCACGAAGCGUUUGGCAGCACCGGCUUGCUCAGCUGGAUGAGAGAAUGGACUACUGGUCACCCAAAAGUGGACAAAGUGACAGACGAGCUGGUUCUCUUUCACUGCAACUUUGUGGCACCUUAUGUUCACUACUCAUUACUUCCAGCGGAGGGCUCGUCUACAAGCCAGGCUGAUUCCGAAGCAAAAGCCAUCGUCAAUGCCCCAGUCCCCGGGUGCUCCGGCGGACGGCUCAUGCAUGACUUUGGGGUUGCGAGAUACCACACUGUUAUCCUCGAUAUGCCGCUCUCUCUAACUCCCCUCAACCUUGCAAAGAAUAAGCCUAUAGUCGUGUAUGAGCCCGAGAAGCCGGCUCGAUUCGGCGUAUUUCCUCGUCGACAUCCCGAGUUAGUUCGAUGGUUCGAAACAGAGGGCUGUUGUAUUCUCCAUACAGCCAAUACAUGGGAUGAGUACGACAGCAACAACGAGGUAGCAGCUGUCAACUUGCUUUGUUGUCGCCUGACUUCGGCAUCUUUGGUCUUUAGUGCUGGCAAUAUUGAACCGCCGCCGCAUCCAAAACACAAGGAGAAAUCGAAAAGCAAGCCAAUGUCUUUCUUUGCGAAGUACAACGACGAUGAAGAUGACAAAGACCCUGAAAAGUCUUUUGUCGAAGAAUCAACUCCCUUGCUAGGACCAAAUGCAUCAAUGUUUGGCCCGGGUUCAUCAAUGGCUUCCAACAUUCCAAUUUCCUACGACGACGAAGAGCAAUGCCGCCUAUACUAUUACCGAUUCUCGCUGGAAUCUGGCUCUAAGAACACCAUUACUCACCAAUUUGCACUAUCAGCAAUCCCGUUUGAGUUCCCUACAGUAUCGCCAGCCACGGAAAUGGUACGCGCACGGUACGUGUAUGGGUGUAGCACUUCGGACGAGUCAUUUGGUGCUGCUUUGGGCAAGGCGACAAAGAUUGAUGUGUUGGUGAGAAUGGACGUCCAAGGUCUCCUGAGGCAUGCCCAGCACACCGCCUCGGAAUCGAUUACCGGAUGUGUAGACAAUCGGUCAAUCGACGAGAUUCUCGCAUCAGCCGAUCCCAAGGACCCGAUCAAGGCAUUUCGACUGCCCCCGCAGCACUUUGGCCAAGAAGCCAAGUUUGUACCCCGCAAGGCAUCGAAAAAGGCCGUUGCUAAUGACUCCGACUCGGAUGAAUUGGACGGGUACCUUCUCUUCUAUGUGUUUAAUGAAGAUCAGCUAGACGAAGAAGGCGAGUGCAGGCCAGAUGCCAUCAGCGAGCUGUGGGUCUUGGAUGCCAGGGACAUGCAGACAGUUGUUUGCAAGGUUCAGCUUGGCACGAGGAUACCGUAUGGUCUGCACGGCAACUGGUUUACCGAAGAAGACAUUGCAAAGCAGCGGCAGGUUGAAAAGCUCAGGUGCGAGACAGAAGUCGUUUGUGAUACCCGAUGGAGUCACUUGCAGAAGGCAGUUAUUAGUUACCUGGGCUAG